UCUCCAUCUAUUAAUUGGUGUAAAAGUGUGAAACAAAUCAAAAUUAGAAAGGAAGAGUAAAUUCAAACAAAAAAAUAAUGAAAAUCGUCACUUUAUUUAAGAAAAGAUAACUCGAACGGAACUUUUCAACAUUUGUUUUGGUGUGUUUUUUGUUUCUUCAAUUCAACAAAGCAGAUAAACGCUGAAAAUAUAAGCAACAAAAGUGAAAACAAUUUUCAUUUCACCCUUUUAUAUUAUUUUUAGUAAUUUAUCGUUUUUUUACUUACCAAGUUUGUUUUGCUCAUCCGCUUGUGUCAUCAGUUUUGAAGUCAAUGUUGAUUAAAAUUUUACCUGUGAUCCUAUCAAUUGUUGGUCAAUUAGUUUGGUACCGAGCUGUGCUUGGGCAAUCAUCUGAUGAACCAUUAAUUAUACCAGUUUCAAUUUAUCCCAUGUAUGAGUUGGACAACCAAUACAUUGGAGACAAUAAUUUCAAACCGCCAACAGGCUUUGAAGAUGAAGACAGUUCCGAAGAAGAGGAUAAAUUAGACCCCGACAAGAUUGAUUACGAAGACAAAGAACGUAAACCAGCAAUGGACAUUGCUAAUUGGACUUAUCAAGAACAAGAAGAUUGGGAAAGCUUUUACCCAGAUUGUGGUGGUAAUAACCAAUCACCCAUUAAUAUUAUUGACGAGUUUACGGAGAAAGAUGAUAUUACAGAAAUUUUUUUUGACCCCAGUUAUGAAGCUUGCUGUCGAGAAAUGGAAGUCAAGAACACCGGACGAUCAGUUGAGCUCGCGAUAUCUGAAGGUAAAGGACCAUUGGUAACAGGACCUUUUGUUGACAAUGAAGCCUUUCAUUUCACUCAACUGCACUUUCAUUGGGGAGUCGAAGCUGAACAAGGGUCCGAACAUGCAAUAAAUAACCAACGUUAUGAUAUGGAGAUGCAUUUUGUGCAUUACAACCAAAAAUAUAAGGAUUUUAAUGAAGCGUCAACAAAAGUCGAUGGCUUGGUUGUUUUAGCAACAUUAUUUAAGAUAUCCGAAAGUAAUAACCCAGCCUUAGAAGAUAUUGUCAGGAAAUUAGAUAAGAUCAGAUGUGGAGGAUUGCGAUAUGAGCUUGGAUCUCGAUUGAAUUUGUUACAACUUUUACCUUCAAAUUUUGGUAAAUAUUACCAAUAUCAAGGAUCUCUCACCACACCACCGUGCUCUGAAUCAGUUACAUGGAUUGUUUUCAAAAAUUCACAGAACAUAGGAAGAAAACAGAUUAAUAAGUUCAGGAAACUUUUUCAAGAUAAAAAAUGCACCAUUGAAAUGGGUACUGUUACAAGACAAUUACAGCCUAUUAAUGAACGGAUUGUUUACUCAUCAACAUCAACUAAUAAUCAUUAUCCAGCUAAAAUGAAUGGCUUAAGCAGAUUACAAACGAUUGGAAAAGUAAUCGGUCUUAAGGGAAGCCUUUUUUAAAGUCAUUUCAUUGAAACAAGUCAAUUUUUCCUAUGUUUUUUUGUAUACCGCAUCAAAUCGCAAGUCACCAAAUUCACUUGUUUAAAUUAAAUAGAGUUAGAUGAAACUAACAUAAAAGGAGUAAAUAUCAUCUAGCUUGUGAUUGUAAUUUAUCAAAAUAAAAAAUUUUAUAAAAAUUUAAA